CUUCGAACGACUUCACACCCUGAUCACACAAAGUUCGGACACACUCACGUCAUUCACAACGACAAGACCCCAGUUCAACGUUUGCACUUUCAAAUUCUCCGGUGUUACGAGCACUCCGAACUUCAAAAUGGGGUGCGAUACAGUGUCCUCUCGGGGAAUGUUCGAUUUUUCACUGUCCGCGACUACCAUGUUGGCCGAUAUGGUGGUCAGGAAGCGCGUUUGCUUUGACGAUAGGCUAGUGUUGGGGUAUUGUCCAUGGCCGGUGUACAUGAAAGGCGAGUUCAUUUUGGGCAGCUCCUCCAGAUUCAAUCUCUACGGAUACUGGGCCACUGUCCUUCCGGAGGGUGCGAAGAGUACUUACUCUAUAAGUAAUGUCAAAGUCGAAUCGAAGUCCAGCCACAGACUACAACUGAACGACCUCGGCAUAGAUGCCGACCUUCUUCUCACUUUCGACGAUCAGCCUACGGCUGAAAUGUACAAGAAGUAUUACCCAUCGGCUUUUGCGGUCAGGAAAUUUGGAGCUGAAGGUGGGUGAAUAUUGUCGGCGCUUUGGGUUCUCUAAAUAGGCAGUGUCACUGGCAGGCAUCUACCGCGCCGAUGUUAUGUAUCGAUCACAACUUGCGUUCACCAAGGUUAUCGUGUCCAGUGAUGACAUCCAAAGU